AUGGCGAGAAUUGGCUCAUCGAAAAACAAAACAGGAAUCUUUGCAGCUCCUGCGUUAGUAGAAAAUCCAGUACCAGCACCAGUGAAAACAACACACAAUCGUCCUAGUCGACCGGCGAAACUAUUGUUAGCAUUGUCCGAACAGAGACAUCAUCACACCGAACAAUCACGCCUAUCUAAACAAGAAUUUAUUCAACAUUAUGCCACAGAUGAAAAUCAAGAUGCGACAACAAGCACACAGUCGGCGAGAAGUGUUUUACGCAAUGGCUUUCGGCCGUCGCCCAUACGCCGUCAGAAACAACGUGGUAUUAUAACAGUUUCACAUCGAGAUGUUUCUCAGGAGCUUUCUCCUCGACAAACAUAUACACAAUCACCUGGUUCUGCUCGUUUGAAAUCUGAAAUCGAACAUAUUACUAGUAAAAUUAAACUACACGAAGAUUCCGCUCGAACAUCGCGCUUACAGCAGAACCGGGAUGCAGCCGGCACACCAUUUAGUGCGAUAUCCAGUUUUGUUUCUCGUGGACCUUCAUCUGCAUCUACAAGUUCUGUUCAACCGCAUCAACAGUUUUCAUCAACAACAAAAAAUGGACCAACAAACACGAUGAUCUCGAUUCCAACUACUAACAAUGAAGACAACAAUCGACCGUAUGUAAAUUAUCAUGUUGCACAUGCUUACCAAAUUCCUCAACAAUCGACUAUCGGCAGCGAAAGUGCUUUCCCGUCGACAUCACUGUCAACCAUCAUUCAAAAACGUGCAACAAAGACGAACGCACGAAAUUCAAAAGAAAAAUACAUUUCAUGUCCAUUCUACGUGAUGCAUCUGACCAAUUUAACAUUGCAACAAGAGAUCAAUCAAAACGAAAACGAGAAAAAAUCCUCGUCACCAACAGCAUCAGCAACUCCAACACCACGGAAAGGAACGGCUACUACAACACGAAUUGGUACAUCUCUAUCACGUCAUACAUCAAACCGAAGACAGGUUGCUAGUCCAAUAACCAUAUUCAGUCGAUCGACCAUGGAAGAUGAUGACGAUGAUGUAAUCAAUACUGCUCCGUAUUACAACAGCAAACGUUUUUCCGCAAAAAUGACUGCUUUCGAACACGAAAAUUCUCAUCUAUUGAAAGAUGUUCUUCGAACUACGGCAUGGAAUCAUGUGCAAAUGUAA